UGUUUUUUUUCAGUUAUGGGUGUGACUGCACCUUUACUUCAUUUGUGCUCUGUGGGUUUUGGGGUUUUUUGACUGAUUUAUGUCAUGCAAAAUUUAAGAACGGCAAAGUUUAACUUGUUUUGAAUCAAAGCAUAAUUUAAUCAUUAAUGUUAAUAUUAAUUAUGUAUGUUUAAUGCAGUUAAGUAAUGGUUAUUUGAUUCAGCAGGAAGUGUGAGUUUAUUAUAGAGAUUUUUCAGAAUACGGAGAGAGAGAGAGAGAGAGAGAGAGAGAGAGAGAGCGCUCCUCAUCGAUUGGUUUCUGCCCUGCCUAGUCCUUAGAGGGAUAAACUGAAGUAGCAAGAGAAACGCAUAUAACGGCAGAUGACUUUCUCAGGAUAUCUUUGGUUGGUUUACCUGACCUGCACUGUGCUUGUGUUUAUCUCUCCGGUUCAUUUGACUCCGAUGCCGGACCAGUACUCUCGGGGUGUGGAUUGGUUAAGCAGGUAUGGAUAUCUGCCCCCUCCGGACCCCCGCACAGGAAAGCUGCAGACUAAAGAAGGCAUUGAGAGAGCCAUCAAAGAAAUGCAGCGUUUCGCUGGCCUCAAAGACACAGGCAAACUUGACAGUGACAUGAAACUGAUGAACACGCCACGGUGUUCACUGCCGGACAUUAUAGGGUCUGAGGACAUGCUGAAAAAGCGGAGGAGAAAAAGAAGAUAUGCGACCACUGGGCUUCGCUGGAAAAAGUCUGACCUCACAUGGAGCAUCCAGAAUUACCCAUCUCUCCCUCCGUUCCUCAAACCCUAUGAAGUGGACACUAUAAUGACCUAUGCCUUCAAAGCCUGGAGUGAUGUGACCAACCUCAAGUUUCACGCUACAUCCUCGAGCGAGCAGGACAGAGCUGAUAUCAAGAUCUCUUUCGCUCGUUCACUCCAUGAUGACGGAUAUCCUUUUGAUGGGAAAGGAGGGACACUUGCUCAUGCUUUCUUCCCAGGGGAGGCUGAUGUUGCUGGGGAUACACAUUUUGAUGAUGAGGAGAGCUGGACCUACUUAGAUGACAGUGGGACAGAUUUGUUCGCGGUGGCUGUGCAUGAAUUUGGUCAUGCCCUGGGUCUCUCUCAUUCCUCCUCUCAUCCGUCCAUCAUGCGGCCUUACUACCAGGGUGCUGUUGGAGACAUCGCAUCCUACAUUCUUCCAGAAGAUGAUCGCUAUGCCAUUCAGUCGCUCUACGGAAGGAAGAGCAGCUUGUCAACACCAUCCCCAAAUCAUCCUACAUCACACUUACCCAAACCACCAAGUCCACCUCGACCCAAAGUACCAUCACAACCUGAUCCAUCAGUCCAGAAUCGUUGUGAAGGAGGUUUUGAUGCCGUGGCAAACAUCAGAGGAGAUGUUUUCUUUUUUAAAGGUCCAUAUUUCUGGCGAAUCCAGCGGUCUGGUUCUCUUGUGUCCUUUCACCCUGCUCUCAUAAAAAACUUCUGGAUCGGUCUUCCUCCCGGCACUACCAAGAUAGAUGCAGUUUAUGAAAGAAAAACAGAUAGCAGGAUCAUCUUCUUCAUAGGCUCACAGUACUGGGUAUUUAAAGACACCAUGGUGGUUGCUGGCUACCCGCGUCCGCUGUCAGACUGGGAGCUGAUCUCUCACGACGGAAGCGAGGUGAAGAGGGUGGACGCGGCCUUCAUUUGGGCUCAUAAUGGAAAAACCUACAUCUUCAGCGGUAGAGAGUUCUGGAGGUUCUCUGAAGGCCUGGAGUCUGGGAGGCGCCGUCCAGACGCAGGUUAUCCCAGAAACUCCUCCCUCUGGAAGGGUGCACCCAGUAACCCCGAUGACAUCAUCACCUGGGGAGACGGAGAUGCCUAUUUCUUCAAGGACAACUCAUAUUGGAUUCUGAAGAGCGGAGGACUGGACCAAGACAACGUCAGUCACAAAUCAACCGCAGUCGAUUGGAUGAUGUGUCCAGAACCGACUCCAACCACACUUCCUGCCAAUCCACGUCACAGAGGAGAAUGUAACUGUGGCCUGAACGGAGCCUCACAGAUGAGUGCUUCAUCCUGGUUACUGUUCAUCAUAUUACUGCUUUAUCCAGGCAUCCUUAUAUAGGGCCUCUUGCAAUAAUAAAACAAGAGUCGGCCUUAUGUUUUACAGACUAUCUCAAAGCACUUAAAGUGAUAUUUUUGUUUCAUUUGGUUUCUUUUUUUUUCAUGUUUUAAUCUAUGCAAGUUUAAUGUAUAAAUAUGAAAGAUUUUUUAGGAUAAAGUUUGAGGUUGAAAUGAAAUUCAUUUAAAUAUAUGAAUUAAUUAUUUAUUGUUCUUGCUGUCAGGCUGUUGCAUUGUUCAAAAUAUUUCAUUGUAAUCCAUUUCACUUUGUGCCUAUAUUUCAUCUGUGGCUAUAGGAAAGAUUUAUCUAAAUUACAAAAUGAAUUAAUUUAUCCCAUGAAGGUGGCAUGGUAUGAUCUCUAGCUGUGAUGACAAGUAGGAUCCACAUGGGGGCAUUAACACACAGCAGGGCAGAGGUUUAAUACUUCAGCACAUUUUCUAGGGUCAUUGCAUAAGUUCACAAGGCCUGGAAGUAAUUUUGCUGCAACAUUUUGAUGAAGUUGAGGGUCCUACCUUGAUGCUCUUCUUGUCUGGGUCUAAAAUUUCUUAAAUUCACAAAUGCAAAGUGAUGCAAUCCUCAUGAUAUCAUAAUGAUGAAAAAGCCUCAUUAAAAGAACAAAAUUCA